AUGGGUGGUGUUUGUACGCGUCUGUUUCAACUCCCAGCCUGACAGAAUUUGUGUGUGUUUUUUUUUUUUUUUUUUUUGUGUGUAACCAAGCCUACACAGUGGCUGCCAAGGCUUACCCAUGAGUUAAACCUUCUUUAGUUGGUAAUGAGGAAGGCGUGGGCUCUAGCAGUGGACACCCGAAGGCAGCAGUGAGUGAAAACAAGCAAAAUAAAGAAAAGUUUGGCUGUGAGAAGGUGCUAGACAGCCAGCUUUAGUGACGAGGAGGCAGGGAGGUAGAUCACCACCACAGGAAAGGACGUGAUGCGUGUCGAAAGCAGCGAAGCCGUGGUGGGCGGCAUCGGGGACAUGGUGCGCUCCGAGGGCAUGGGCGUGAAAGGUACUGUCAGCCCGCCCCUGAGUGCUGCUGUCUCUCAAGUGUCGCUAGCACCCAGUGACCUGACGACAAGCGACCCUGAUCUGGUCACCUCAUCCGCUUACUCGUCGGCGGCGUCCUCCCGGCCACCCUCGUCCUCGCAGGUGUCUCUCCCCGCCACAGACUUGGACCUCACGCCGGAGUCGCCGCCGCCGUCCGCUCCUCCUUCCAGACCUGCCUCCUGCGCCGGCCUGGUGACGCCCGAGUUGGCCCUACCCACCCCAGAGGAAUACACGGCCGAGACAGUGGAGUUCCCCACCAGUCCACGGGCACUGAAGGGUGGCAGCAAGCGAGGUGCAGGAGUGUGCUUCCUUGAGAGUGAUGAGGUGCUUUCCACGAACUUCCUGACACCAAACUACAAAACAGAUGAUUCUGAGAUGUGUGAUGACUCUCCUAAACAAGGCAAUGGCUUUGAAGUUGGUAGUGACCAGGAAGAAGAUUAUUUUGAAGAAUUUCAUCUCCCUAACUCCCAUGAAAAUGCAUUUGUGAGACACAAAAGCUUCCGCCGCAAGGUGCAUCUGACCCCCAUUGAUGCUCCUGAUGCCGAGAAGAUCGAGGGACUUGUUCGCACUGGAGAGUUUCAGAGGCAUGGCAGUAUUAGGAGGAAAAUGGUACCUGAGGAACCCAGCAUAAUUCUUGAAAAUGCCGAAAAUUUGUCCAGACUCGAUCAAACUGGUAAUGAAGCCAGUAUGGGUAAUGAUAUUAUAGGACCAUUUGCUAAGGACCUGAAGGAAAUUGAAAGUAUGUUAGACGAUAGUGAAGUCGGUGACGUGUCAGAUAUUAUUAGUGAUUUCCCAAAUGAGGAAGACAGGAAGGAAAUGGGAGGGGGAGGAAAUCAAGCCACUACAUCCACACCAAAAUCCAGUAGUACAAAUGGCAGUGCAAGCCUUGGUGCCUUGGACUGUUCUAUUAAUUGUAGGGAAGAAAUAGCCUGUGAUGAAAGCAUGAGCAUCGAACAAAGCACAUUAAUGAAAGUUCGUGAAUGUUUGGAUUUUACAAAAUUAAAAGAUAUUUAUGUUCUCAGUGGAAGACUACAAGAUAUCCUUACUGCCAAAGAAGUUGAGGAAAUUUUGAACAACUCUGAAAGGUACAGUGAGUAUGUGAACAAGGAGGUGAUUGAGGCAUUGCAUAAUUCAUUGCAGGAACAACAGAACUCAGACAGUAACACUGGUGAGAUGGACAACAGCCUCUCAUGUUCAAAGAAAAUUAUACACGCUGAAGGUGUCGAUAUAGAAAAGGGUGAGGGAUCUGACAUCCGAGCCGUGAUUGAUGACAGUGACCUGCAGCAUGAGGAAGCCGAAGCCAGCAUCUCCAAGAGGUCAUCUUGUAUGUUUGUUGAUGAUGAUGAAGUGGAGGAGGACACAAGCUUUAGGUUUGAGCGCCGCAGAUCAUUCAGACUUGGGAAGGAAGGAGAGAAGGAAGUAGAAGUAGAGGGAGUGUUUGUUGAGAGUCGGUCACAAGAUAUUGGCCUCAAGAAGAUUAGAGCCCCAACUCUUGAUCUGAGUGAAAAUGUCUCAGAAGAACUAAUUGAUACCUCAGAACUCCCCACUACUGAGACAGGUGAAGACUGUGCCCCUGCUACCCCAAUGACUUCUACCAUCAAGAGUGAAACUCAACCUGCAGAACCUCCAGCUGUUCUCCCAGACAUAGUGAUCACAGUUGCUGGGGAAAACGUGCUACAGGAUGAUGAUGAGAGCAUGUACUUACCCAAGUGCAGUGCUAUUACAGAAAAUGAUUGUUCUAUUCCUGAGGUAUUGUCCUCCUUUAGUGAUGCUUCUCCUAAGCAAGAGAGACCCAAGUUUGGUGACUGCGACAUUCUGAUUCAUCGAAGAAGAAUCUCUGUGGCUGAAGACAUCUUGCAGUCCCCAGUUGAUGAUGACAACAUAUCUGUUGCAUCCGCCUUCAGUCAACGUAGUGAAGCUGAAGAUGAGGUGGAGGAUGACCUGGAUGCCUUCAAGGACUCUGCUCCAGCUGACCUCAGGUAUGAAAGUGACUCUGAAAUUGAUCCUUUGCCACCUCCACCUCCACAAAUGAUCCCUGAGCUCACGGCUGCAGAGGAAAGUUUUGAAGAGAGACACUGGAGGAAUAUUGUGAUUGGAGGUGUGUGGCAUCGCAUUGACAUGAAGGUCAUUGCUCCCUAUAAAAAGUGUGUGAGUCAUGGAGGUUACCUUGGCCAGAACAGGAAUGCAGUCAUAGUUAUCAGUGCCUGUGAGUUGCCUGAUCGCUCCCGUCGAGACUACAAUUAUGUAAUGGACAACUUAUUCUUAUAUGUGUUGUCUACUUUAGAGCAGUUGAUUGCUGAUGACUAUAUCUUGCUGUACCUUGCUGGAGGCACACCAAAGUCUAGCAUGCCAAGCUUUCACUGGUUGAAGAAAGCCUACCAGAUGAUUGACCGCAAACUGCGAAAGAAUCUCAAGACUCUCCACGUAGUGCAUCCCACAUUCUGGGUGCGGGCACUGGUGGCCUUCUCCAGACCAUUCAUCAGCACUAAAUUCUAUCGGAAGCUGACCUUUGUGAACAACUUGACCGAACUUGCUCAGAUGAUCCCACUGGACCAGCUACACAUACCAGAUGCAGUCAAACAGGCGGACUUCGAGAUGAUGAUCCGUGAAAAGAAGAAGAAUGUUGGCAAGAGAAGAGCUUAUUCCCUCACAGCUAGAUGAAGGCCUUUCCAUAGUUCAUAAGUGAAUGCAUAUGUAUACUCUUUCUCUAUUCAGAGCAGAUGUUGAAAGCUGAUACGUCACCCAAACAUUCUUUUACACUGGAUCACGUAGGAGUUGAGAGAAGCUGUUCCUAGAAUGCAUAUUUUCUGUCAUGGCCAAAUUAUGAGAAUCAUGUCUUAUUACUAUGUAAGUGGAAUUCUGUUUUACAGCCUCAUUUUUCACAAAUUCCAUAUUCUCCAAACAAAUGCAGUGAUUAAAGAAGAGAAAAUGUAUGGUGAUAAUGUUGAAGGUUGUGGUAGUCAAUUACUAAUAUGUAAAAUAUGCAGUUGAGCAGAAUAUUGGCAUGUGGAUUGUCUAUCAUUCAGUGUUUGUAUCUUUUUUUCGUUCUUUUUUUUCACUAUGAAAGAAACUGCUUUGUUUUCAAUUUGGCCAUAUUUAUAACUAAUUUUAAAAUAUGAAAUUACUAUGAUGCAUUUCAUCAGUGUACAGAACAGUAAUAAGCCUUUGUUUCAUCAGUGAUGAAAGAAAGUAUGUAAAGUUAGCACUUGUAAAUAUUGCAAUAUUGUGAUAUAAUGUGAUACUUAUAUAUUUGAAUUUAAUGUAAGAUAGGACUAAGCUAGGACACUUUAAUAUGCAGACUUGUUGAGGGUCUGAUGAGUAAUAUUUCCCAGUGAUACCUGUGUGGGUGUUUCACAAGGGUCACACUGCAGAACAAAUGAGAAAGGGCAGAACAGCCAAGUAGAUCUGUCUCUGGUCAUUAUGUGCAAUGCUGGGAGGUUGUGGUGCUCAGCUGACUUAAAGUUAACUUUUAUUUUCACUUAAAGAAAGAUCAGUGUUCUGUAUUGAAAGCAUUAGAAAAUUAUAGAUUUAUAAGGUAAAGUGCAGAGUCCUGGUGUCUGUAAAUAUGGAGGCUGAGAGCUUCCCAAGUAGUUGAGUUAGUCCAGGAGUGGCCAAGUUAGUCUGUCAGUCUUGUAUACAGACAGUAAUUCAUAUGAGCCUAGGUGUAUAAUUUUGCCAAAACUAGUCUAUCAUUCCUGCCUAAAAUUAUGCACUUAGUUGUUAAACACUGAGAUAUCUGAUUAUAAGAUGUAAUUAGUAUAUAACUGAAAACCAAAUUUGGAUACAAUUUUGUUAACUUAUGUUCUCAAGAUGCUUAUUAAUUAAAAGAUACAAAAGCAACAUUCUAUGAAAUGUGAACCACACAACUAAAGCCAAGGUGAUGGAUGUGCUUGUAAAUACAUUAUUUAUACAUU